AUGGCGGACUCCAAAGUCAAGGACAUGGGCCUGGCCGAGUUUGGCCGCAAGGAGCUGACUCUUGCUGAGCAUGAAAUGCCAGGUCUCAUGGCAGCCAGGAAGGAGUACGGACCUGGACAGCCUUUCAAGGGAUUGAACAUCAACGGCUCCCUCCACAUGACCAUCCAGACCGGCGUCCUCAUUGAGACUUUGGCUGCCUUGGGUGCCAAGGUGCGUUGGUGCUCAUGCAACAUCUUCAGCACUCAGGAUCAUGCUGCCGCUGCCAUUGCCAAGGCCAACACUGCCACUGUCUUUGCAUGGAAGGGUGAGACCUUGCAAGAAUACUGGUGGUGCACUGAGCAGAUGAUGACAGUGCCAGGUGCGGAUGGAUGCGAUCAGCUUGUGGAUGACGGAGGUGAUGCCACCCUGUUGGUUCACAAGGGCAAGGAGUUGGAGGAGAAGUUUGCCAAGGACGGCAGCCUGCCAGAUCCAGCCAGCACCACCAACGCCGAGUUCAAGUGUGUCUUGCAGGUGUUGAGGGACUCCAUCCAGGCGGACAAGACCAAGUACACACGAAUGGCUGCCAAGUGCAAGGGUGUUAGCGAGGAGACUACCGCUGGUGUGCACCGCCUUCGUGAGAUGGCAGCCAAGGGCGAGCUGCUCUUCCCUGCCAUCAACGUGAACGACUGCGUGACCAAGUCCAAGUUCGACAACGUCUAUGGUUGCCGACACUCUCUGCCAGACAGCAUCAUGCGCGCCACCGAUGUGAUGAUUGGCGGCAAGCGCGCCCUUGUGGCAGGCUACGGAGAUGUCGGAAAGGGCUGCGCCUUCGCCAUGAGGGGUGCUGGUGCCAGAGCGUGCAUGGAGGGUUUCCAGGUGGGGGAGGGCAAGUUCAGCCUCCUGAACCUUCUUUGGUUCUCGGACCUCCCGGGCCCUUGUCUUGGGGUACAAAUUGAACAAGGAGAUGAAGUUUCAAGCGAUGAUGAGGUGGGCUCGAAGAUGGGCAUUGACAACAUCAUUGACUUCCCGGAGGUGAACAAGGGAGGAAACUUGUUCCAUGUGCCUGGUGAGAGUUUACAAGAACAUUGUCUUCAAGCAAAGACCUCUGGUUGCUCUGUGGGAUGUGCAUCUGAGAGCGACUUGCUGUGUCACCCUUUGGCCAACAAGAAGAAGACCAAGAACAAAAGAUUGCGAAGGAGAAAUCAAAAGGCUAUGAUUGACAGAGAACGCGGCUUACCCAUUUGUGAGCCCUUCGUCUCUGGACAUGUACUUAGUAUGAAUCCGGUUGACAUUCUCCCUUCACGGCAUGGUGACUCUGUGGGUGAGAACAACCUUGAUGGCGUGAAGUUUGUCAAUGGCGACAACAAGAUCCAUGAAAUUGGAGGGUUUGACUGUUUUUGCUCUGAUUAUUUUUCCCUUGAAGCGUGUUCCCGUGUGCUUCAUGGAUGCGGUGUUUGGACAGAAUGGGGCUCUUUGAUCCCCACUGAUGAAGCUUUUGAAUGGUGCUACGUCAGAGGUGGGAGCUCAAGACGCAAAACCAAGAACAAGCUUCUUAGGAAAAAGAUGGAGCUCAAGAUGAAGCGAACCGUUCCAAUUUCAAAUCAAUUUGAAGCCUUGGAGGAGGAAGAAGAGGAAGAAGAGGGCGAAAGUGACAGCGAAGUCUUCUUUGAGUCUGAGGAUGCUGGAGAAGACUACACUAGCUGCACUGAGGAGCUGGCUGACGUGUCUGGCUGGACUGAGACACUACUUGGCCAAAAGGGGAUUGAAUCUAUGAAGGGAUGUGAGAUGCAGCACAUGGCGGUUGAUGCAAUUCCUUGUUCCACGGGGGUGUUUGUCCCACUCUCGACUGAUUGCAUCUGCCCAUGCAAACUGGCUCCAGAGUUCACGAGCAUCACUGAGCAUGUGGGAGAUGACUGUGAUGACAAUUUGAAAGAUCUCUGUACGUCUGUUAGCGAAAUUUUGCCUAGCAUCAACAAUACGGUUGCGAGCCUUGCGAUUGAUGACCAUUCCCUUGAGUGCAGUGUCACUGACGCUGAGGAGGAUGAAAUCAUUGAGUGCUUUAUUUCUUGCUUACGUAGGGAUGAAAGCCACGAUGAGGCACCCAAUUUGUCUGUGCGAGACUUUGACCUCAGAGGAGGAACCGGUGGCGCCCAUGCCACCAAGAAGAAAAGAGAGAUGAGAGAGCUGAUUGAAAAAAUGAGGAAAGCGUUGGAUGGAGAAGGCAUUGCUGAGGAGCGGAAAAAAGACCUUGCUGAAUGUUUGAAUGAGUUUGAGAAGGUUUUGAGCGGUGGAGAUGAGGGUGGAGUUUGCAUUUGCAGACACGCUGAGCAAAUUGAAGAAUUUCAGACGAUUGCUGCGGCCUUGAACAUCAAAAAGGAUUUGGUUUUGGUUUGCAAAUUUUGUGAAGAGGAUAGCGUCCCGAAGGGCGCCACCAAGACCCUUAUGCCUUAUCUGGGCAACUUGGCGAUGAUUUCUGCCACUGUUGCGAAUCUCAAUGGAUGCGAUUCAAAAAUCAAUGAAGUCCAAGCCAAGGAAACCACAAUUGAUCCAAAAGCACAAGACCAUGUCACCUUGCGUGUCGUUGUCACUAUGGUAUAUGUCCCAAAAGAGCAUCACAGAACCUUGUAUGGGAGACCUGAACUUGCCCUGAAAUUGGCGGAGAUUAAGAAGGAGAUGAAGACUUACAAAUGGGAAAGUGCGCAUGGGUGCAUCAUAGGCUAUUUGAACUGCUGCGAGGAUGACUACGAAGAGAUCCUUUCCAAAAGUGGACUCAAUGCAGUCUUUUUCUCCAGACUUGCCCAGGACAUCACUUCGAAACCUGCUGUUAGUUGGAUUGACCGGACUCCUGAUGAAUCUGAUGAGGAAUAUGUCUUGCGUGUCAAGGAGCUUGCCAUCAAGAACAAAGUGUCCAUGGCUCAUCGACGUGGAGGAAAGAGUUGGCUGACUGCACAGGGAUGGAAUGUGGAGGGAUCUCCCUCUGAACCCAGAUCAAGGAAUGGCCCAUGGAAGAUUUUUGCGAAGCAUCUCCAUGAACCUGAACGUGAUGAGCAUGUCUAUACAAUGGAAUGCAGCGGAAAGACCAAGCACAUCACCUUGGUGCCUUGGAAGCCAAUUGGAAAGCGAGCUAUGCAGAAAGAUGCUGAAUCCAUUUGCAGACACAAGUGGUACAACGAGAAUGCGGAGUUUACCAUUUCUCCUACGCUGAAAUUUGAGCCUGAGAUCGCACCCACUGUUCCUGAUAGUUCCAUGGAGCCUGAGGAUGAGAAAAACGGAAAAGGAAAGAAGACAGCUGCGGGGGCCAUUAUUUCCCCGAUGAAGAAAAUGAAAGUGGCAGAUGAAUGCAAGGUUGUUGGAGGAGUUCAAGGGCCUGAUGGCACGAGAACCUUGGACUUGGGAGGUGCUGGCGACUGUGCCUGGCGUUGUUUAGCUUUUCAAUUAGCGAUGACCAAUUGCCAGUGGCGCAAGGCGGUGUCCGAGAUCAGACCCAAAGUGGAGCAAUUGUCAAAAGCACUGAGGGCACAAACUUUGCACUACCUGCUCAACAUUGACACUUCUUGGAAGGAGAGCUGGUGCCCUGACCCCAAAUGGAACAAAAUCACUGAAGAUGGAAUCCCAGCUACCACUUUGAAUGAAUUUGAGCAGGUGAUCACGCGAGAACAUAGAUGGAUUUGUCACUUUGGAUUGCAGGCAAGUUGUUGCCUCAAACGAGUUUGCAUUGCGAUUUGGAGAAUGACCUCAUCAGGGUGGGUGAAAAUUGCGGUUAUGAAACCAAAAGAGAAAAGUGAAAAAGCACCGGUGCUUGGACUGGUGCUUGCUGGGGGCCACUAUUUCGCUUUGGUUCGAACAUCCGAAAAAAGUGGACUGCCAAAUGAGUGGGCGCAGAAACCUGGACCUUGCAUGUGGCAGACUGCUGGCAUUUCUACUGACCCGAUUGAACGUGCAUCCCAAGAAAAAUUGGAUACUAGCAUGUUUAGAGGAGCGGGAAAAUUCACUACACCUUCCACGAAGAAGACUGAUGGAGAUGAUCUGGACGUAGCGAAGUGCGAUCCAUCAUCGAUUUUCGUUGGCGCCUCGCUGUCUUGA